AGCCCCCCCCCGGCCUCCGCCGCCGGCCGCCGCCGCUGCCCCCGGUCCCGGUCCCCGGUUCCCGGAGCGGAAUCGCGUUGACUGCCCAGAGUCCGCGAGUCCCGCUCCGGUCCCGUCGCCUCAGGAACGUCUUUAACUCGGAAUGUCUCUGCAUCAGUUUUUAUUGGAGCCAAUCACCUGCCAUGCGUGGAACAGAGACCGUACUCAGAUCGCCAUUAGCCCUAAUAAUCAUGAAGUCCACAUCUACAAGAAGAACGGGAACCAGUGGGUAAAAGCUCACGAGCUAAAGGAGCACAAUGGGCACAUUACAGGUAUUGACUGGGCUCCCAAAAGCGAUCGCAUCGUAACUUGCGGUGCCGACCGUAACGCCUAUGUCUGGAGUCAGAAAGACGGCGUGUGGAAGCCAACACUUGUCAUCCUGAGAAUUAAUCGUGCAGCCACCUUUGUGAAAUGGUCUCCCUUGGAGAAUAAAUUUGCUGUAGGAAGUGGAGCUCGACUUAUAUCUGUGUGCUACUUUGAAUCUGAAAACGACUGGUGGGUGAGCAAGCACAUUAAAAAGCCCAUCCGUUCCACUGUCCUCAGCCUGGACUGGCACCCCAACAACGUUUUGCUGGCUGCUGGAUCCUGCGACUUCAAGUGCAGGGUGUUUUCUGCUUACAUCAAGGAAGUGGAUGAAAAACCAGCCAGUACACCAUGGGGCUCCAAAAUGCCUUUUGGGCAGCUGAUGUCCGAAUUUGGGGGCGCUGGAAGUGGCGGAUGGGUGCAUAGUGUCAGUUUUUCUGCCAGCGGUAACCGCCUAGCCUGGGUCAGUCAUGAUAGUACUGUGUCAGUUGCUGAUGCCUCAAAAAAUAUGAUGGUUUCGCAGUUGAAAACAGAGUUCCUCCCACUCCUGAGCGUGUCAUUUGUCUCUGAGAACAGCGUGGUGGCAGCUGGCCAUGAUUGCUGCCCGAUGCUUUUUAACUGUGAUGACCGUGGCUCGCUGACCUUCAUUUCGAAACUAGACAUUCCAAAACAGAGCAUCCAGCGCAAUAUUUCUGCUAUGGAACGCUUCCGGAAUAUGGAUAAAAGAGCCACUACAGAAGAUCGUAACACUACCCUGGAGACACUGCAUCAAAACAGUAUAACCCAAGUGUCUAUUUAUGAGAUCGACAAACGAGAUUGUCGUAAAUUCUGCACCACCGGCAUUGAUGGAGCAAUGACCAUCUGGGAUUUCAAGACCUUAGAGUCUUCUAUUCAAGGUCUACGAAUCAUGUAAAGAUGGAUUGCCGUGAUCUAGCAGGACAAACUGCUUGACAGAAUGCAGCUCCCACAUCUGCACAAACCCGAAAAGGGAGGAGAAAGGUGGAAUAUUUGGAAACACUGAGAAAAUACAGCUUGGCAGAUUUUCUUUUGAAUCUAAAUUUGGUGAAUUGUGUUGGUUUCAAAAUCAGCUGUGAUUGUUCUUUUUUAUUUUUUUCAGUUGGUUGUUUCAUUCCAUUCUUUACCAAAGCUGCUCCUUAAGUAGUUUAUUGCAGGAAGUUAUGAAUCACUAACUUAAAAGGGGAAUUUUAUGUAAAUUGUCUGCUAGAAAUAAUAAUAAUAAUAAAAAAAAGGAAAAACAGA